CUCUUGACCGUGACAACUUAAGAAUUGAGCACGCCUUCAGUCCAAGAAUGCGGGUCGAGUACCGUUAGGGUUUUUCGAUGGUAUGCAAGGCGGCAAUAUUCAUUCCUCCGCAUCGCACGGUAUCCAUGACCCUUCUCCCGGUACCCAUCCCCAUCGUGCUCUCACAUCAUCUAUAAAGAUUUCACGCGCGCUCCUCGGUCACCUUCCAUUGUUCUUUCCUCGUUCUCACUCCCCCACCAGCGAAGCAACCGAGCUCCAGCAACGCUCGAGGCUAACUAUCUUUUCUCCUCGCAGUCCUCACACCGUUGACGUUGCUGGAGUACAGGACAGAAAAGCACUGUAUGUUGCUCGGCGUCCAGAACACGAAAAGGCGAAAUACAUGCAGCAGCAGCAGCAAAGCCAAGCUCAAGGCCAAGCACAGGCACUGCCACCGCAAAUUCAGCCCACCGGGGUAUCAACGUCCGCAACACCUCCUGCUACUGGCCCUACGACACCAGGUGCAGCAGGUACGCAGCCACCACUCAUCCCAUUGUGGGCUCGUCUCGUGCUUUUUCUCUGUUGUGCAUCGUCUCAGUAUGCUGAUGGUCAUUAAUACUUCAACAUAUGAACAACUAUUUCAUCUUUGUUUCUGGGCUGCACCAAGCAGCAGAGCCUCUGGGUGGAUCCUGACAACAUGU